UUUUCAAGUGGUGAGUUCAGUUCGUGCCUGACAGUCGAUUGGAUUUGAGCGUUGAACGGAUACUUUUGCGGUUACAAUUCUGCGAGCGAAGGAAAUAAUAACUAUAAAAAAUUAAUAAAAGUAGAACGCGCGGUUUUAUAAAUAAGUUGAGCCUAAACUCCACAAAGAGAUUUGCAACGAAUUAAAUAUUAAAAUUAUUUACGACACAAAAGCCAAAAACAAUACAAAUUAAUAACGUAAAAAUUGUCGCCCAUUGUAAGACAAAGCAAACAAUAAAGAAAGAAAGAAAAACCGAAAAACACAGUGCUGCGCUACCCACAACUUUUAUUUUUUACAAGGCACAAGCGUUUCGCAGCGCAACUAAACGGCCGCUAACAACAACAAUAUGCAUGCAAAAGCAAACAAGUGAAAUAAAGCGAAACCUGUUCUCAUUGCAACUACUGCGCAUGCGCAACGCUUCUGUAAUUGACGGCAGCCGCAACAACAACAACUGCGUCGACACCAGCAACAACCUCAACCAACAUUCGCGUCACCUCGCAUAUCGCCGCUCGUCAUCGCGUUUAUUUUUACUUUUGUUGUUGUAGUGUUUUUCUCUGUUUUUUGUCAUCGUACACAACAUAAUCGCCACAUGUGAAUGUGAUUUUCGCGCACGUGUAUAUGUACGUUUGUGUUUAUGUGUGUGUGUGUGCACCCAUGUGAAUUUGUGGAAUUGUCCUACCGCAACAACAAGCACCACAAGCCGACAGACAGACAACACUCACCACUUCAUGUGACUGCUUGUGGCAACAACAUAACAAACAUAACAACAAAACAAUAAUUGCCGUGCAACAACAACAACAACAGCAACAACGAGUUAUCACGACGCCUGACCACAACCCGUGUGUUACAUAACUUUCAAGUUGUUCACUUUGCUGUUGUUAUUGUCAUUUGUAUUUUUCAUUGUGUUCACUCGAGUGUCUACUUGAAUUUGUCACUCGUUCGAUAAUUGUGUCACAUUAACCCAAUUCUCUCUGGCUUUCUUCAAAACACAAACGAGUACAAACAUUCAUACACGGUUACAUUCACAAUUGACUUUUGUUUUAUUGGAAUUGCAUUGAUUUGACGACUGUUGUGUGUUCCAUUUGCGGUCGAUUAAUUUGUUAAUUUGUUUACAUUUAUUUACACCGUUAUUUAUUGUUUGCGUUUUUGUGGCAUUCGGUAUUUAUUUUGAAGGCGCUUUGGAAAAUAGUUGCAGUGAAAAUGGUGAAAAUGUAUAAGACAAUGGCGAUACUGCUGAUCAUGUUCGGAUAUCUGCUCAUCACAGAUUGCAGUGAAACAACACGCACAAAACGCGCCAAGCGGCCACGUGCCCCAGAACCUGUAAACUUCGAACCGGAACCUCAACAAGACUUGGAAAAUGAAGAGAGCGGUAGUCAAGAAAAGGAUAUACCUGAAAUACCGACGAAUUUCCUAAGUCCUUCAGUAAGAGAGUAUCUGGAGUUGGGAAAGUCGAUACCUGGUCGCCCUGGCGUCGAUUAUCCCAUACUAUCUGCUAUACCCUACACAAAUUUCUACUGCGAUGAGCAACCCUAUCCAGGCUUUUUCGCCGACAUGGAAACCAGGUGUCAGGGCUGGCAUUACUGCGACAUCGAUGGCCGACAAGCGUCCUUCCUAUGUCCAAAUGGCACACAAUUUUCGCAAGCCGUCUUCGUGUGCGAUUGGUGGUUCAACGUGCGCUGUGAUCUCUCGCCACGUCUCUACGCCAUUAAUGCACGACUCUAUCAACGCCCCAAGGUGAACCCGACACGUCCACAUCGCAUCAUUACAAAGGAACUGGUCGAUGAUAUCUUCAAUUAAGCUGUCGUGGAAAUGCAAAAAAGACAGACAAUUAAGGAAGGUGGGCGAGAGACAGCCUUCCUUGGAAGGGAGAGAACAAAUAAAAAUCAGAUAGACAGAUAGAAUGAAAGAGAGAGGUAGAUAGAAAGAGAGAGUGAGAUAGAAAUACAGAAUGAUAGAGAUAGGGCGAUAGAGAGAGCGAGAUAGAUAUAGAGAGAGAAAGAGAGAGGUGAGGAAACGAUUGAUGACAAAAGAGCAGACAGAGGGAGUGAAAGGAAGAAAGUUCGACUAUAAUAUUUGGAGGCAUUGCCAGAUAAAACACCACUGAGGAAAGAGCGUUUCAGCGUAUAUUUGUGGGCUAUGAGGGUUAUUUAAGUAUAAAAUGAUGAUUUCAAGUAUUGAGUGACAAAAUAUUAAACUACGGUGCAGAGUAUUAAAAAUAAACUCGUAAAUAAUGGAAUCCUAAUUCGGUGCAAUUUUGAGAAGUA